AUGAUCAAACCAGAAGACUAUUUACCAGGUGGUUCGCAUUAUACCACAAGCAUCGCUAAUGGACAUUCAAGUGUUGUUACUCGCGUCGAUGAUCCAGUUCUUAGAACUUUGAUGCCUAAAAUUGUGCGCAAUGGCAACUACUCAUUGCGUGUUGAAGACACAGCCACCGGUGGCUUUGUCUCAGUUGCUAGCCAAAAGAUCAAAAGCUAUUUCUGUCUGGACAUCUACUUUGCAUGGUUGGCGGUUUUGGAAAAUGGUGGCCAUAAUGGAAGUGAAUCGAAUCUUAUGAUAAUCGAACUAAAAGACAUGACCAAGGGCGAUACACUAAUCAUGAGGCGCUACAAUGCCGGUGCAUCAUCAAGUGGAGUUGAUACUCGUUUUACGACCCAUUCUACAUACUUCUACACGCCAUCGUGGCAAGUCGAACACUUGUCUAUCGAUCGCAAUCGUACAGGACACGACUUCCAAUUAAAUGUUCUUGCAACAGACUGUGGACAAACUGGUCAUUUGGGCUACGUCUACAUAGACAGUUUUGGUGGUAUAGCACCAUAG